AUGCUUUCCCUCCUCACCGCAAUUCCCUCCCUCUUUGCCCUCAGCAUCAACGUCAACUUUAGCUCCGCUGCACACGCCGGCUUCCACGUCCAGUUCCCAUGGAGCUCCCGUGGCCCAAACCCCAAGACUCGCCCAGAGAUAGAGGUGUAUGACCCUUUCUGCGGCUACCCUCGUCUCUCGCGCACCUUCCUGUCGUUCUCAGGACAUCCGGGGGAUAUCGUAACGGUCCUAUAUACCAGAAACAGGGCGCCGAAGAAGAGAGAUGACUUUCCCCACAUCAUCCUUCAGGAUGUACCCAUACAGCCUUCAGGCCAGCUGUGUGUGAACGUCACGAUCCCGUUUCAGACAGAGGUCAACGAGAUGGGAGUCAUGUAUUUCGAGGGAAAGGAUCCGCAUACAGGCAAUGUGGAAUACCAUUGCUCCGACGUCAGGAUGGCUGAUAAAGAGGCCCUUCCCGAGGAACAUCCGGCAAUGUGCGCGGGAAACAAUGAGACUCUUAUCCCGAUGCCGGAUGAGUACCUGUAG